ACCGCGCUGACGUCACCAGAGUCUGGAGCAUCAAGGCCACUUCCAUGCCGCUAUUGGUCUGAAAAUCACAUGACAUGUCUCCUAGCAUCCAUAAUUAUGUUACUGAUAUUUUUGCCCCCCAAAAGAUGUCAGCAUCCUACUGUCCAUAUUGUCCUGGAGGAAAGCCGCAGUCUGCCACCGGUGUAGCUUAGAAGAGGCCAGUGUUGUCAAAGCAAGAUGUCAUGCCCGAAUAAUAUGGCACCCGGUGCCUUCCUGAUGGAUUCUUUAAUGGGAGGAUCAUCUUCUUUCAGGGGUGAGGGUUAUUCCAGCAACCCCGGGAUGUACAUCCAUACGGAGUACGGAUACUCAAUGAUGAGACACAUUGGAAAGCUUGGAUCAUCCCCCCUGUCCAAAAAAGACGAAGUCCCUCCGAGUGGUCCGCCACUAAGUGCCUUCCAGGAUGCGCCUUGCCUGUCAACACAGCCGCCUCCUUGGGGUAUGGGCUCCAAAACUAGCAGGGACGAGCAACCUGUUGCCCACUGUUUACAGCCCUGCUCGUUUCCAGCGGGUAACGUCAAAGAGGAGUCUUUUUGUUGCCUUUAUCAGGAGGACAGUGGCAGGCCUAAAGAGACAACAGAGCCGGCCACUUACAUCCGGCUGGGGGACAAUAGCAGCCGGCCUGAGCAAACUGCUGUCUCGGCGGACGACUGUUUCCAGGCGACCCAGGUGUACAACGGAGAGAGACCGCAGCAGGGCGACCAGUUCCCUUCUGGCUUUGCUCUGACCCACUUGGCGACAUCUGUUGAAUCAGCAGCAGCAGCAGCAGCGGCAGCAGCAGAAUCAACAGUGGACUGUAACAGGUCGGCCCGAAAGACACUGCGAGACAUUUCAGAGAGGGAGGAAAAAGACAGCAGGAAGGAGGAGAAGGCCAAGACGGACAGCUGUUCCGAUAACUCCGACGGGGAAUUGAAAGAUGGCUUACCCGAGGAAAAGACAACGGGGAACUGGUUAAAAGCCAAAAGUGGAAGGAAGAAACGGUGUCCGUACACAAAGCACCAGACGCUGGAGCUGGAAAAGGAGUUCUUGUUCAACAUGUAUCUGUCUCGGGAGCGCCGCCUAGAGAUUAGCCGGAGUAUUAACCUGACCGACAGACAGGUCAAAAUCUGGUUCCAAAACAGGCGCAUGAAGCUCAAGAAGCUCAACAGGGAGAGCCGAGAGAGGGAGCACAGUGCAGUUUACAACUACACCUGA